AACAAGAGCAAGGGCUAUCAGGCUGUGUGGGUCGUGAUCAAAACAUAGUCUGCUUAUACUGGGUGCUGCUUGGGCAUUUACUGAACACUUUUUUUGGUGAUGGAAUUUUAUGAGGAGGCCGUGGAGUACCUCAUAUCCUGUGGGCUACCCGUGGUUGAGGAGGACCUGAUGCAGGACGUGUUUGGUGAUGAAACAGACUGGGUUUCUAACAGCACUUUACACACUGAGGGACUUGGACUUCCAGACACACCGACAUGCAAAAGCUCAGAGGAGAUGCUGAUGAAGAGGCUACUUGUGCUCAGAAAGCUUUUAAUGAGUGAAGAGACAUACCUAUCUGAGCUAGAUACUCUGCUCAUGCCUAUGAAGGCACUCAGAGCCUCAGCUGGUACAUCCCAGCCCGUGUUGUCUCUUGAGGAGGUCCAGACAGUGUUUUACCAGCUGCCAGAGCUCCGAGAUCUUCAUAGAGAGUUCUACACUGGCCUCAGAGCCAAACUGCAGUCGUUUAAGGACCUGGAGCAGGGCCUCCCUGCACAGCUGGGUCACUGUGACUCCCAGCUCUCUGUGGGAGAACUCUUCCUCAAGUUUGUGAGCCACUUAGGAUUAUACCGCGGGUUCAUCGAUAACUACGAGAGCGCAGUGCAGACUGUAAGGAAGCGCACUCAGGCCGAGCCCCGCUUCCGCAUGCUUGCCGAGAGCAUGAUGUCUGGCAAAGGGCCAGACAGCUGCAGAACUAAGUACACCUUUGAAGCUCUUCUCUACAAGCCUCUGGACAGAGUGACUAAGACUACUUUAGUGCUGCAUGAUCUUCUGAAUUACACACCAACUAAGCACGACGACAGUGCACUGAUACAGGAAGCACUCCGUGUCUCCAGCAGCUUCCUGUCUGGGGUCAACGAGGGGUCGCAAUGCAAGACAUCUGUCACUCUCAGCAGAGGAGAGAGACGGCAGCUAGUGCGUGAUGGGUUUGUGGUGGAUGUAAAUGAGGGUGGGCGAAGCUUUAGACACCUUUUUCUAUAUACAGACUUACUGCUGUGUGUCAAACUGAAAGAAGGAGCUAUGGGGAAGCAGUCUUACUACAGGUUCUGUUGGUAUAUGCCACUGGCGGGACUGAAGAUGCACUGGAUGUCUGAGCAGGAGCCACCAGCUGACCUUCAGCUCAAAAUUAGCAACAUGAGAGCAAAGUUGUUCCACCUAAGGAGUGCCCUGCGCAAGUACACGAAUGAAGGUAAAGGAUCUGUUUCUCGUGCCACUGAUCGGUGUAGAAAAAAGCUUGCAGCAUGUGAAAUUUGGCUUCUCACACACAAAGCUUCAUUCAUCUUAGAACUACAAAGUACCAGUAGUAAGAGUCACACCAUUCACUUAUCGUUUCUCCAUGAGCUUGAGGAGUGGAGGGAGGCAAUCAACAAACUCAAAAGUGAGGACCUUCAGACUGUGCCACCGGACUUGCUCUCUCUUUCUAACUCUUGUAUCAAACUGAGAAUGACUCAACAGCCACCCCUUUGCUGCCUUCAGCCUGACAUAGAGGAGAGCAGCAUGUGUGGGACCGUGUGUGUGGUUGUACAUUCAGCCUGUGGUCUGCAGCAACCUGCAAGUGUCUAUGUGUGUGUUGAGGUUGAUGGCUUUGACAUUUUUGAUCGGAAAGCCCAAACGUGUCUCUCCUCCUAUAGUCUUACACCACAGUGGGAACAGGAAUUGGCGUUGCAGGUAGAUGGAGCACGGCACCUCCACAUGCUGUGUCUCACUGAGUUUCAGGAGGACAUCAUGGGCCGAACUACACUACAGUUAGAUUCUGUUGAUAUACUGAAGAAGUGGAAGAAAAUGACCCUAAAUCUGGGCCUGAUAGUGGUGACAGUGUCAAUCAAAUACGUGCCCCAUUCCUUGAAGGCACCUAGCUCCACCCCUCUGCAGCAGAAACCCGUAUUCUCUGUGCAUAUUGGAGAUGUGGCAAGACAGGAGGGUGUGCUGGUCCCUCACAUAGUGCGCUCCUGUGUGGGGGAGAUUGAGAGGAGAGGACUAGAAGAAGAGGGCAUCUACAGGAUCUCAGGAGCCAGCAGAGAAAUUCAGGCUCUCAAACUGGCAUUUGACACCAAUUACUGGGAGGCUAUGAGUAAAGUGAGAAGUGCAGAUGUGAACACAGUUUCUGGAGCACUGAAGCUAUACUUCAGAGAGCUGCCUGAGCCUCUUAUACCCACUCAGCAUUUCCAGAGACUCUCCAAAGCACUGUGCCUGGCUGACCCUUAUCUCAGAUCAAAUAGCAUGUUGUCUGAGCUACAAACCCUCCCUGACGUCAAUCGCAACACUCUUCUCUUCCUAUUACAUCACCUCAAACGAGUUGCAGAGAAGGAGCAGCAAAAUAAGAUGUCUCUGAGCAAUCUGGCCACAGUGUUUGGGCCCAGUCUACUGCGCCUCCCAGUGGCAAGUCUAGAUCAAUGUGGCCUACAAGUGGACAUCUCCCAAGAAGUUGAGGUUCAGGUCCAGGUAAUUUACCUCUACCUCCAGAAUAAACACCUUCCAGAAGCUCUCACUGCAAAACCACUUGACACAGUGGAAGAACCAUGACGACGAUUCAGCUAAGAAGGCGCCGAGAGCCAAAAUAGACUCCCAGAAGUGCCACAGCCAUCAGCCCUGGGAAGUAAACAAGAGCCUCUAGACAGUUUAACUCUCUCUGUUGAUCCAGUUCAGUGUAGUACAGUGUGAGGUCUGUUAGGUGAAAUAUGAAUGUUUGUCAGGAAUAUUUAUUUUAUUUAUUUCUUUUAUUUUAAGCAUCCUUGGACCAAUUAUAACAUUGCAUGACAGUACACAUUAAAAGGCACCUAAUAAAGUACACCAGCACUUGUUUUAGGUCUUUAAAAAAACAGUGUAACACCAACUAAAGGUUGGUGCUAAUUUGGCUGGCACAGCUGGUGUUAUGAACAGGUAUAGCAGGGAGGCAUGUGGAGGCUAUGAUUCUACCUAGCUCUGCUAACCAGGAUGGUGAGCCUCAGGGAACCUCCAGGAGUCUUCUUGGAGGCUGAAGACCUGUAGGUGGAGCUCAUUUACGCUUCUGAGUAAGCUUUCUACGCAAGUAACCCCCACCAUCCAAAUAAACCAGUUGGCUUUGGUUCAGCGUUGUACGUACCAGUGCUUCAAAGACAUUUAUGGAGGAUACACACACACACACACACACACACACACAUACACACACACGCACACCAGCAUCUGCACUGAUCAACCUUUUUUCUAUACAGCUGCGUGUUGCCUUUCACCCAGUACACACAACACCUGGUUAGUGUAGACUGCUCUCUCUGUCUCUCGCCACUUCCAGCUUUGAUCCAUAAUCCUAACACGGGCUGGAACAAUUUGCUCCAGCUCCCAGCUCUAAAAAGCCAGACACGGGAAAAGCUCUCUGGUGUCAGAUGUGACUAGCAACGCCGUGCAGGCCUCGCCACGGUAACAAAGGAUGUCAGAUACAAGCUGGUGUCAUAAAUCAGCAGUCUCCCUUCAACCACUGACCAGCAACACAAGGUUCCUACUACUAAGUACAGGCACAGGGUGACCAGCUUGAGAGAAACUUGCCAUUAGAAAGGAGAGGAGGGAACGGACAGAGUGGAUGAAAGAGCUGAAGGACCAAAGCUUCCAUUACAGAUCUGGCUUUACCUUUAUUGGGGCUGGUAGGAGCCCUGGGGCUUUCUGCUGAAGUGGGGAUCAGAUGGCAGCAGAUGGAGAAACCAGAGGUUACGCCAUGAAAGAGGAGCUGAUUAUUCACAUACGAAGGAACAGUGUGGAUUACCAUGUGUGAAGGGUAGGCGUGUCUGCCAGAAUUCGCCUGUCAACCGACUCGUCCACACUGGGAAAUGAAAAUGAAAAGAUCUCUCAAGUUACAUAGUUCUUCUGAAGUGCCAGUGUGUAGAGGUACAGCCAAAGUUUUAGACACAUGGGCCUUCCUCUUUAUCGGCAGCCCAGCUGAGUCACUGAACUCAGAUGUGCAUACAGAGCAGCUGUUUCUUGAAGACUUUCUGCGUUUAUGACAUUUUCAUGUGCAUUGUUUUUAUUUAGGAUUUAUCUGGGGGUCAGUAACUGUUGCAGCACUAUUUUCAACACUGAAUUUGUACAGUUGGACACAGUGAGACACAGAUGGCAUUGUUUUUAUAAGAGUUAAUGGGGUGGGGGCGUCAUGUUGCCAUGGAUACAGUGUGUUCGUAUGAGAGGCAUUCAUGCUAGGGAUCAACUGGAUUGACCCCCUCAUUCUUGGGUUAACAGAAGCCGCGUGUGUAUCUGGUUCUCUGUUCCAGUGUGUGUGUGUGUGUGUGUGUGUGUGUGUGUGUGUGUGUGUGUGUGUGUGUGUAAAGACGAGUGGAUGUUUGUAAAACACUGUGGGAAAGGCUUCAUGGCAUGCUGAGGUUUAACUUAUGGUGUCAGUGUUCAUUGUGACCAGAGGCAGAGAGAGGAGGAAGAAAAAGGGAGAGCAUGAGGGGGAGAGAGAGAGGCGAGGAAGAGAGAGCAACAGAGCUUGUUGAACUUUGGCUCUGGAGGACUUGAGUCUCGUAAAAUUCUUCUUGCCAGGCAGUAAACGUGGAGCUAAGAGCAUGGUGUUUAUCCCACACACUUCCGCUAUGUGUGUGUGAGUGUGCGUGUGUGUCAGUAAUUAGGCAUGUUCAUCCAUCUGUACCCAUAUACAGCCAAGCUCAAACAUACACACAAAACCUGACCACUAAAGUACCACACUUACAACCUGAAGAGUGUGCGCUCAGAAGCUCAGUUGCAAUGAAGCAUGUGUUAUAUGAUACACACAGUUGGCUUGUAGACAAAAUAAUGAACAUGUUGAUAUAAAAGCGUGCGUGCAUGUGAGCAGUACUUGAAGAGACGUGUGUGUGUGUAGUGACAGGACUGUGGAGCUCUCAGAGAGAACUUCACGUCAGACAGAAUGAUGACAGGUGCUUCCUGGAUAAACACAGCAGGUGCCUCAUGCUUGCUCUCUUAACCUUUUUUUCCCGUUAGCUGUUGCUCACACACCACUACAUGACCCUCUGUGCUACAGCCAGAACUCAUGUCUAUACUGUGUAAACAGGGAUACCCUCUUCUCCCCCCCCCAAAAAAAAAAAAUCAAACAAAAAAAACAAUGACUACAAAACGAUUAAGAGCUUAUAAUGACCAGAAUUAAAAUGUAUAUUUG